UAAUUAGAUUUUUCUUUGAGUUAUACCAACGUCUAAACUGACUCAUUUGUAUGCCGGAAAAUGUACCACGAGAAUUUAAACUGGUGCUUAAAGGUGUACACAUUUUUGGGUGUUCAUCCGCGGAAAAAGGGAAUUUUCAGAACAAUUCACUAUGUUUUUAAUGUUUCAUGUCCAUUCGUUAUAACUUCGUUGACGUUGAUAAUGUUGCAUUUGAACAGGCCUUUCAACAUUGAAUACCUCGGAGAAGCUUCGACCGCUUUGACUACUUUUCCUCAUGCUAUAAUGAAGUUGACGACACUUUUUCUGCAACAAUCAAAAAUUAUUGAUUUAUUGGAAAGAACAAGAUCGCAAUUUUGGACCGUCGAUGACGACAACGUUGAAAUUAAACGUGCUAAAAGAAUAGGAAAAGUAUUGAAAAAUGCUUAUUUCUACUCUGUGGCUUUUUUUAUGUUCACGACGAUUUUGAAAACCAUUCUAACUCAUGAUUUAGCAUACAGGUGUUAUCAGCCAAAAUGGAUACCAAAAACAUUACUUAUUAUUUAUCAAGAUUACACUUGCUGCGUGAUUCUAUUCACUUUGAUGAGUUUCGAUAUCAUGUUUCAAACGCUCCUCUUUCAAACGCAAUUGCAAUUUAAGAUGCUAAACAAGAAGUACAAGCAUUUAUUCGAUUAUGAAAACCUCGGACCAACUGCUUUAAAAAGUAUGUUAAAGGAAUGCGUGGAUCAUCAAAGUUUCCUAAUCGAUUUCGUUAAUCGUAUUAAGGAUACUUUUUCAUUGUCGUUGCUUCUGUUCGUAGGAAAUAUAAUUGUUUCUCUUUGUAUGAGCGUUUACAUCAUACUGUCCGAUAAUUCGAAAUUAAAUUUAAAAAUUGAAGCAGUGGUGCAUACAAUUGCUGGUUUAAACGAAAUAGGUCUUUGUUACUCCAUCCCUGCUCAGAUGUUUAUGGACGAGGCUGCUGAGAUUAGAAAUAGCAUCUAUUUUAGUAACUGGUACCAACGUCCUCGAUUGGCAAAGGAAAUUAUACCUCUAUUAAUCAGAGAACAGAAACCAUUGACGAUAACGGCCGGUGGUUUUGUAAUGAUUGAUCUACAAAUGUUUUUAGUCGCGUGCAAAACAAUACUUUCCUACAGUAUGUUUUUGAAUACUAUCACUCAACUACAAUGAUAAAAUUAGUAAUACGAAAAUACACAUUAAUUUUUAGAAAAUUAAAUUAAAUUUCUAGUAUGUAGUAUUAAAUAUAUUUUAGACG